AAAAAAAAAAAAAGCGCUUCUUCUCCAUCAAGAAAACUCGAGGAGCUAUUUUGCCUAGUCUUUGGGCAGUCCAGCAAGAAAAAAUCCGUAGGAACACACUCGGCAUUCUUCAGAGCGAACCAGCUGCAAAAUCUCUCACUCUCUCUCCCCAUUUGGUUUUGCCUUCCUCAGGUUCUCAAGGUUAACGAAAGCCAAGCGAAGAUGUUUCUCACCAGGACUGAGUAUGACAGAGGUGUUAACACCUUUUCUCCAGAAGGCCGGUUGUUUCAGGUUGAAUAUGCCAUUGAGGCCAUUAAGCUGGGUUCAACUGCAAUUGGCUUGAAGACAAAAGAAGGUGUGGUGCUUGCAGUUGAGAAAAGAAUCACUUCACCACUGCUGGAACCAAGCAGCGUGGAGAAGAUUAUGGAAAUUGAUGAUCAUAUUGGAUGUGCCAUGAGCGGUUUGAUUGCUGAUGCCCGUACACUUGUUGAACAUGCACGGGUGGAAACUCAGAAUCAUAGAUUCUCCUAUGGUGAGCCGAUGACAGUAGAGUCCACUACACAAGCUCUUUGUGAUCUGGCCCUACGAUUUGGUGAGGGUGAUGAAGAAUCCAUGUCUCGACCAUUUGGGGUGUCUCUUCUCAUUGCUGGUCAUGACGAGAAUGGGCCGAGCUUAUAUUACACUGAUCCAUCUGGCACAUUUUGGCAAUGCAAUGCAAAAGCUAUUGGUUCAGGUUCAGAAGGUGCAGACAGCUCCCUGCAAGAGCAGUACAACAAGGACUUGACUCUUAAAGAAGCUGAGACUAUUGCUCUUUCCAUUCUGAAACAAGUUAUGGAAGAAAAGGUUACUCCCAACAAUGUUGAUAUUGCAAGGGUGGCUCCAACAUAUCAUUUAUAUACUCCUGAUGAAGUGGAGGCUGUCAUAAGUCGCCUGUAACUCUACAUUAUUAUGAUUUAAUCCAGUUCCUGAUACUUGCUUCACUUGAUUUUGCUUAUUGCUGGGAAGAACUUUUAUAUGUUUCUAAAGUUGGUGAUCAAAGCCACAUACUGUUUAUUGAAUUUCGAAAACUUAGCUGUGGAUUUUCUGAAGUGCUUGUCUUUGAUCGAACAAAAUGAAAAUAGCCUUUCAUGCGAGCGGAAAAUGGAAGUUUUGGAUUUAUAUAUUUUUA